AUGACAUCGCCUUACCCACCAUCAACUUCUUUCUCGCCGUCCGUUGCCUCCGACAUGGCUGCUGCGCCCAACAGAGCGGUCUCUGAUUUGCCGCAAGCCCAGGUAGACGCCAUCAUCCGCACAAAGCGCAAGGCCCGUGAGCCCAAAGCCUGUUACCCAUGCCAUGCGCGCAAGGUCAAAUGCGAUCGUAACUUACCUUGCGAUGGGUGUGUUAAACGUGAUCAUGCGGAUCUCUGCUCUUACGAACGCCCUUCCAAAAAGCGAUCACAGGCCUUCCACGACAACACCGUUGCUAGCGCAUCAACAGCACCUGUGCCUGAAUAUCAAGCGGCAUUUACAUACGAAGAAUCUCCAGUGGAAGUGAAACAUGAACCGACAAUCUUGAGCCGACCGAUCGCCCCCGCAGCUAGUAGUGGUCGGGUGUCGAUCGCCCGCGAAGAAUGGGAUAAUGUGCGCAACAGAUUGCGAGAAAUGGAGUCCACUAUCUCCUCCCUUCGAACCGGGCUGGAGAGGGCAGAAGAUGGCCCGUCAGCUUCCCUAGACACCGGGAGUGUGCAGAGUGGCGAUGCGAAUACCCGUUCUAAACGUGCCUCGCCGGAACGUGAGGGAAUACACGCUGCAAACACCCUUGGCAAAGGCACCGUUCAUUUGGGAUCACGCUCAGUCCUGGCUUAUAUACUGAACAACCAGUCUGGUUCUGAUCAACUCCAGGCUCUUCUGGAGGGUGGAAUACUCCCCAAGCUUGGUUUGGACAAUGAGUCUGCGACCUACCCGUUUGUUGAUCUAUGGUCAUCCGACAUGUCAACAUUUGAUAUCAGUGCGGUCUGCAGUGCUCUGCCCACUGAUAAUCAGUGCAGGGAGUUAUUUUAUUACUACAAGGACAUCUCAGGGGCCAUCUACCCUGUUUUAGAGGACAUUCGUGAGUUUGAGAACACGCUUGAACUUCUACUACAGACGCGAACCUCUAUUGGAGGCGAGUACCGAGCCGACACAGAUGAAGCGCAAAAGCCUUUUGGAGUGAGCAUUGCGUACUUGGGACUACUGUUUUCCAUACUAGCUUCCGGCUGCCAGUCGUCUGAUUACGGGAGCAAGGAAAGGGAACUGACUUCACAAGUCUAUGUAUGCUGCUCCUACCAAUGCCUCCGCAUGACAAACUUCUUAUCCCAACCUACCAUCGAGGCGAUUCAGACGCUCCUAGUGAUAGGUAACGUAUUGUCAUACAACAUGAAUCCUGGGAUUUCCUAUGUCUUGCUUGGCAUGACCCUUCGCAUGGGCUUGGCGCUCGGUCUUCACGUGGAGUCAAGUCGAUUUACGUCAGCUGAGCGAUAUCGCCGAAGACAUGUUUGGUGGUCCAUGGCCUGGCAAGACAGCCACUUCUCGCUGUCCUACGAUCGCCCGUCUACCACUGCAGUGAGCCAGCCAGAUAUCGCCUACAGGGAAGGCUCAAAACCUGGUGACUUAUCUUACUUUGAAACGCUAUCACGGACUAUAUCACUUGCUCUAGAGGUUGUGCGCAUUCGAAUGUUGAGCCCGCAUUCUCAAAUGACUCUGGAAAGUAUCCAAGGCUACAAGGACCGCAUCCGCAAAAUCAUGGUAGAGGCAAAGCCGUACCUGCGAGACGCAAGGAAUUGUUCCAACCCUACGGAACAUCUGGAGCGAGUUGUGCUGAAACUGCACUCCUCUUAUUUCUCCUCUGAGCUCUGCCGGCCAGCGCUCAAGCCUAUGGCGGAUUUCAGUGAUGCCACCGCCGCCAACAUGCGUGGGAAGUGCGUGACGAACUUGAUGACGACUGUUGAAGCGUACAUUGAAAUGCAUAAUAUCAGCUCUCACGCGGCCCGUUCCUGGAUUUUAUUGCAACGGGCGAUCAGCUCCGCAUUCUUGCUCGCUGUGAUCGACGAAGCAAAAGCAGACCCGAAUGUGUGGAACCUCCUACAUCAGCUGGAAGGCAUCAUUGCCCAAAGGGCAAGCACCGAACGAGCCUAUGAUUCUGGUGAGGGUGCUGCCAAUGUGGCCAACAUGACCUCGCCGCCCCAAACUCUCGGCACCUACGACCCAAUUACAGGCACCACGAACGCGCCAGGGCCCAUCGCCCCGGUGGAUCCAACUUCUCCGAUUGGAAUGCCCCCCGAUCCACAAACACAAUGGGCCAAAUCUCUAGCGAAGACACACCGUGCUCUGCAAAAGCUACUUGCCGCAUUCGGGAAUCCCCAUACGCGUGCUCAAAUGGGACGCAAUGGUACGCCCGCCUACCCCAACACUCUUCCCAACCUCAACCCGACGUCUGCUUCCCUGGGAACACUUGUUCCCGCCCAGGCAAGCAUGACCCCGAGUGUUGGUUCUCUCCCACCUCCUACACCAGAAAGUUCUGGUAGUGGCGAAUGGACAAUGCCCAAUAUAUUGGAUCGCGCAGCAGAAUAUAUCCACCCUCCUUUGUGGGGAUAG